AUGGCCGCGGGACAGCUCUCGCAGGAGGAGCUCGAUGAGAUCUAUGCCUUCGCCGUCGACCUCGGCCGCAAGGCUGGAAAGCUCUUGAUGGAGCGCGUAGACCAGCGUAUCUCCGGUAGUGAGGGACACUCGCAGAAGUUCGAGGAGAAGGACAAUUCAGUCGACAUUGUGACCCAAACAGACGAGGGUAAGCAGGGGAGCCACAACACUAUCUAUCCAAACGCUCACGGAAUCAUCCAGACGUCGAGCAAUUUAUUUCCAGCGCCCUCAAGACCAAAUACCCAAAUCACAAGUUCGUCCGACUCUUUCUUACAACAUUUCCGUGCUAACAAUGCCAGAUUCCUCGGCGAAGAGACAUACGCCAAAGGCGAGUCCCGCGAUUACUUGAUCGACGAACAGCCAACAUGGUGCAUCGAUCCUUUAGACGGCACCGUAAACUACACGCAUCUCUUCCCAAUGUUCUGCGUCUCCAUCGGAUUUAUCGUCAACCAUCGCCCUGUCAUUGGCGUAAUUUAUCAGCCCUUCCAAGAUCAGCUCUUCUCCGCCUGCAGCGGCCGCGGCGCCUGGCUCAAUGAGACUCGCCAACUCCCACUCAUUCGCAACCCGUCUAUCCCGCCAAUGCCACCUAAUGCGCCUGCACAAUGUAUCUUCUCUUGUGAGUGGGGUAAGGACCGCAGGGAUAUUCCCGAUGGGAACUUGAGCCGCAAGAUUGAGAGUUUUGUGAAUCUUGCUUCAGAGCUGGGUUCGCGUGGUGGGAAGGGUGGUAUGGUUCACGGUGUACGGAGUUUGGGCAGUGCGACGCUUGAUCUGGCGUAUACGGCUAUGGGGUCAUUUGAUAUUUGGUGGGAGGGUGGUUGUUGGGAGUGGGAUGUCGCUGCUGGUGUCGCUAUUCUACUCGAGGCUGGUGGACUUGUAACUACUGCCAAUCCGCCCGAGAACAUUGAAACCGAUGCCAUUGAAGACGUGCGUCUGGGAAGCCGGUUACCCGCUGGACCCUCGGACACCGAGACUGGCCGCGAGUCGCAAGAACGCACGGUCCGCGAAGUCUGGCGGCGGGUCCGCCAGCUGGAAUACUCGCGACCUGGCGCGUAG